UCUGCCGGAAAGUACACGAAUAAGAGGCGCAAUUUAGACACAAAAGCAGCCCUGGGCACUUGCACAACCCACUGUUUAUUUCCGUGUUACUUCCUUGUUCUGUCUAGUCUCUGGUGUUUUUCCGGAGAGAAAUAUGUAAACAGCGGUAACAUUUUUGGAUUCGACUACAUAUCAACGCGAGCGACACAAGUCUAAUCGUUUUUUUUCAUCUCCGGCUUGCGGUUACAGAUUGGGACAGACUCCUUGAGGAGAUCAGGAGCUGUAGGACUUCUUCGCCCCAGUACUUCUCGUCGAUGGCAGACUCCCGAGAAAGAAGGAAAACUGGUGAAGAUGAGCCUCAGGGUGCAGUCGGGGGUGAAGAUGUCAACGACGAGAGAAUUAUGGAACAAGGAGCUAUUGUUUUAAGAGGGUAUGUCAUAGAGAGGAUCAGUGCAGAAAACCCAGGGAGGCAUUUGGCUCCAGAGGACCUUGGUGGUAGACCCAACGAACAAGAGGACCACCAAGUCAAAAACAUGUCGCCAGACCCACUGGCUCCAGUUCAUCUACAAGUCCAUGCUAGUCUAAUAAACAGAGUCCAGGUAAACUGUGCCCAGGAUGUGUUCUUCUCAGUGGCCAGGGAAAUCUUUGCAGAUGGUAUCAAAUGGGGCAGAGUGGUCUCCCUGUUUCACUUGGCCUACAAGCUUAUUUACAAGGCACUGACACAGAACCACUUAGAAAGCAUCAAGAUGGUUAUUAACUGGGUAUUACAGUUCAUCAGGGAAAAUGUCUCCGCUUGGAUCCGACAGCAAGGAGGAUGGGAGGCGGUUAUUAGCACCGUGUCACAUUGGCGUACGGUGUCGCUUGUGGCUGCAGUGGCUUUCGUGACGGUCAUGGUUUACUGGAGGAAAACACGCUGACAUCUCAGGAAGUGCCCUUGGUGAAAUCAAAAGUGCUCUUAAAAUGUGUACAUUUCUCUGGGAACGGGUUAAUAUGUUAUGUCCUGUGCAGUAGAUUUGACUUUGGGGUAAUGGUGACAUAGUAAUCUUGUUUUAUAUGUUGAAUUGAUCUGAGAAGGAACAGUUGGUGCCUUUUGGUACAGUACUCCACACUGAGAAAGUAUUUAUUAGUACCAAUGUGAAACUGUAUUUUUCUAAAAAUGUUUUUCUAUUGCUCAAAAAAAGAACCCUGUAAAGUGUUUUAUUGAACAAUGUUUUUUGAACAUUAGAGGUUUUAUUGAAGCCCUAAUCUUCUAUUGAUUUGGAAUUAAAAGUAAGCCACCAUUUUUUUCACAGCUCUAAAUAUAUACUAUUUUUAUGUAUCUGAAUGGAACGAAUGUCUUUUUUAAAUUGUGGCAAACAUGCACACAUGUUUAAUAAAAAUACUUUUGCCAAAGCAA